AUUGCAGUAUUAUUUUCUCAGCUAAAAGUAAAAUCUUCUGUUUCUCAAAAAAAAAGAAGUAAAAUCUUCUCCUAGGGUUUGGGGCUCUUUCUCUCUCUGUGUUUUUUGGGACAAAAUGGGUGGGUCAGUGAAGGACGUGCAAUCCAAGGCGGAGCUUGAUAGAGUGGUGGCGAGUGGCGCAGCGGUUAGUGUACACUUCUGGGCGUCUUGGUGCGAAGCUUCAAAGCCCAUGGACGAUGUCUUUUCCCACCUCGCCACUGAUUUCCCUCAUGCCCACUUUCUCAGGGUUGAAGCUGAAGAGCAACCUGAGAUAUCUGAAGCUUAUGCAGUUUCUGCUGUGCCUUACUUCGUUUUCUUCAAGGAUGGUAAGUCUGUAGAUACAUUGGAGGGUGCAAAUCCAUCUAGUUUGGCCAACAAAGUUGCUAAAGUUUCUGGGUCUGUUAACCCUGGAGAACCUGCUGCGCCUGCCAGCCUUGGGAUGGCUGCAGGACCUACCGUCCUUGAAACAGUCAAAGAGUUUGCUAAAGAUUAUGAUUCUUCAGAACUUAAAAAUCAAGUGCAAUCUGGUGAUGCAUUGAAAAAGCGACUCCAGCAACUAAUUGACUCUCACCCAGUCAUCCUAUUCAUGAAAGGAAACCCUGAAGAGCCAAGAUGUGGGUUUAGCCAAAAAGUUGUUGAUAUUUUGAAGAAGGAAAAAGUUAAAUUUGGAAGCUUUGAUAUCCUAGCUGACAAUGAGGUUCGUGAAGGGUUGAAAAAAUUCUCUAACUGGCCAACGUAUCCUCAGCUCUAUUGCAAAGGAGAGCUUCUUGGCGGGUCCGAUAUAGUAAUUGCAAUGCAUGAGAGUGGUGAAUUACAACAAGUUUUCAAGGAUCAUGGGAUUGACACUAAUGAUUCUAAUGAGGCAAUAGUAAGUGAACCUGGAAGUGGAAAGGGUGGCAUCUCUGAAUCCACUGGUGUAAGUUCUACCCUAACGUCUCGGAUUGCAAGCCUGAUCAAUUCAAGCCCAGUUAUGCUGUUUAUGAAGGGAAAACCAGAUGAACCCAAGUGCGGUUUCAGUCGCAAGGUAGUUGAAAUCCUUCAACAAGAAAAGGUGGAGUUUGGGAGUUUUGAUAUUCUUUCCGAUGAAGAAAUCCGUCAAGGGCUGAAAGUUUAUUCAAAUUGGUCUAGUUACCCUCAACUAUAUAUAGGGACUGAACUCAUUGGUGGAUCAGACAUUGUGUUGGAAAUGCAGAAAAGUGGGGAAUUGAAGAAGGUGUUAGCUGAGAAAGGUAUUGGUCAAAAGGAGUCUUUUGAAGAUCGUUUAAGGAAAUUAGUCAGUUCUUCACCUGUGAUGCUCUUUAUGAAGGGUACCCCGGAUGCUCCUAGGUGUGGAUUCAGUUCCAAAGUUGUAAAUGCCCUACAGGAGGAUGGUGUAAGUUUUGGGUCCUUUGAUAUAUUAAAUGAUGAGGAAGUGAGACAGGGGUUAAAGGUAUUCUCCAAUUGGCCAACUUUUCCUCAGCUUUACUAUAAAGGUGAGCUAAUAGGUGGAUGUGACAUUGUAAUGGAGCUGCGCAACAAUGGAGAGCUAAAAUCUACUCUAUCUGAGUAGGGUUGUGAUUUUAUCGAAUAAUUCAGGACAUCUUUUUGAAGCCAAUUUACAUGUGUCAGAAGCGUGUCUAUUGACAUUAUUGAUGUUUUAAAUGUUUUGUUUUAUAUACAAAAAUGAUUUAUGUUA